AUGGCCGGGAACAGUCACUUCCGCUAUGUUAUCCUUUUUGUUGGUUUUCUUGCACUGAUGGUGAUUUUCUCCAAUUACACCAUAAUAAACUUGACGUUCAUCUGCAUGAAGAACGAUCUGACGAAUGCGGAAGAGAUUAAUGGGGUAGGUCUUUCGUGGAGUCGAUAUGAACUCGGACAGACGUUCCGCAGCAGGUACGACUAUAGUCCAGCUGAGAAAAAAGCCAUCAUCUGGGCCGUCGCCGCUGGGACAGUGGUGGGAACGUUACCGGUGAAUUGGCUGUACCUCCGACAAGGUGCUAGGUGAGCAGGACUCGAGGAAUUAGGCUCAGGGAGUUCAGGAUGCCAUUUCUCUUGGCUGGAGGCUUGUCCAUUCUGUCGACGACGGCUCUGCCAACGGCUGCAGACAACAGCUAUCACCUAUUGUUACUGGUCAGAUUCGUGCAGGUAACAAGAAAUCUCAGAGCUGUCGACUUCUGCUAACAGGGUCUAGCGUAUUCGGCCGACUUCGCCGUCAUCGGGAUCAUUUGUGUGACGUGGGCUCCGCUCGACGAAUCCGCCAUGUUCAUCGCCAUCCUCACGUCGUUCUCUUCGUUCGCUUCGGUGGCUACCAACUCCAUCACGGGAGCUGUAGGUUUAUCAUUUUUUCUAUGUUUUAUUUGGAAUUGCUUGAAUUUUGAGCGUUGCAUUUUUGAAUUUCCGUGUGCAUCUGCAAAACAUACAAUGUUUCGUAAAAUGAGUGAUUCCCUUUUCAUGUUUUUUUUUUCUUCUAGACAAAGACUUUGCCAACUUAUUUCUGAGAGUUAAGUUAUGCGAGUCGUCAUUUGGCUGGAAGUCGUCCUACUACGUCCACGCCUUUUUUGGAUGCAUUUGUUUCAUCGCCUGGACGUUCAUUUACUCAGACAAACCGACGGAGCACAGAUUCGUGGGCUCGCAAGAAGCACAGCGGAUCCAGAAAGGCAAAGGAGGGGACAACGUCAAGGAACGACGUAUCCCCUGGCUGGUCGGUUCUCAUCUCUUUUCUGAACACUGGUUCUGCAGGCCAUGCUUAGAAACAAAUCCGUCGUCUGCGUCUGGUUGAACGCCUUCAUGGAAAUGACUUCCACUAUCAUGUUAAUCACCUACGCGCCCAUUUACUUCCGUAAUGUCCUGGAAUUCGAGGUGAAGGGCAGGGGACACACACAGAAACGCAGCAGAUUCUCGUUUGGAGUUGAAUUAGAUAGAAUGGGGCGAUGACGAAUCAAUGACCUUUUUGUUUUCCGAUUCAAACUACAAAUAGCCUGCAAUAACGCUGAAGAUUAGAAAUUCAAUCAACUACGUAGAAAAAAGAUUUUUGCAAAGAUUUCUUCGAUCAAUUAUGUUUAAACAACUUUUGAAAAGUUGAGGUAGAACAGACGGGUUAUUUCGUGAGCCUUUCCAUCGGUCUCCAACUUCCGUUCAAGCUUGGGACAGCCCUGAUCAGCGAUAAAUAUAAGUGAGUGUUUUUUCAAGGUCUUUCUAAAAUAUGGUGUGCUCAUCUUGAUUUUAUUUCAUAGAAGUUCAAGUUUCGAAUUUUAUUUCAUUUUAUUUUAUGAGAAAACCUGGUUUUAAUGGUACAGAGACCGAAAUCUUUUUCUUCCGAUUUCUUCGUUCAAAGAUUUGGGCUCAAGAGCUUAUAUUCUGACCAUUGAUAAGGAUUACCAGAGUACAAAAAUGACUAUUUGAAGGAAAAUUUUUGGUGUCGCUUUCAGGUCUUCAAGUAUUCUCAUUUGCCGUUUUUCUUUUUUCUAACAACGUUUUAGGAAAAUUUCUGAUAUGAAGAAGAUGCUGAUUUUCAAUACGAUCUCCGUGGGACUUGUCGGAGUUUUUUUCUGUGUGCUGGGUUUUGUUCCGCGCUCGCAGAGAUUCUGGGCCGUGGUGGUCGUCGCGUUAAUCAAUUGCUUGUCGAGCAUGAACUGCGGCGGCUUCUACAAAUGCGCGACAUUGGUUGCCAGGUUCUCUCCGCCUUGAUCCUCGGAAUGGAAAUUCUGCAGACAAUAUGCGGACGUCGUCAUCGCCACAAUUCAGUUUUUCAAGUGCGUCGCCCUGUUCACUGGGCCAGCUCUCGUCGCGGCGACGGUGCAGGAAGAAUCCGAUCGUGGACAGUGGACCGCUGUCUUCUGCAUCAACGGCGUUCUUCUGAUCUUGGUUCAUUCCCGUGAUCUUCUCUGAACGGUCAAAAUUUCAGGCGAACUUUGCUUCUUACGCCAUGUUCUCCGACAAACGAGCGGUAUUCACGAGGGACGGCAAAACUCAAGACUACGACUUAGUGGAAAAAUCAUAACUAACGCUUUUACUCGAGAAAUUACAAAUUUUGUGGAUCUAUCCGAGCAAAAAAUUCGAUAAUAAGUGCUUUACAGUUUUCUUUGCACAAAAUAGACUUAACACACGAUUAGGAGUUCACUGGAAGGCUCGAGGCGGAACUGUAAUUUUUCUUUUAAAAUUUUUCUACAAUUUUAUAAAAGCCCGACACAAUAUAUGAAGAACAGUGGAACCCAUGAAUUUUGGCAGGUUCCUCGUACAUUCGUAAAGCGAAAUGGACGUGCUUUGAGCCUCCUGACGCAGAAGUCUGCAAUGUCCGAGUUCUCUAAAAGAUCUCUCGCAGGCUUGUGCGAGGGCCGGCCCGUCAGCCUCUCUGUCGGUCCCCGGCCAUUUUCUAAGCCCGGCGUGGCCUUAGCUGGGACUCGAGAAAAAAUGGCCGGCCCGGCCCAAAAAGCUCAAGCGCAAAUUUUCUUCGAAUAG